AUGGGGCAGGGGAAGAGUAAGAUUCCUGCAGAAGUAAAGCUUCCUCCCGUGCCUAGAGAUAGUCCUUUAGGAUUUUUACUGGACAAUUGGGAACAUUUUCCUGAUACGGGAGGGAAGGACAAAGCUAAGAUGAUACAUUACUGUGUAGAAGUUUGGGGUGGAAAAGAAAUCUCUAAAAAUGUGUUUUGGCCUGUAUUUGGGUCAUCAGAAGAUUGGAUUAAGCAAAAAUUGAAUAUUUGGGUAAAUACUAAAAAGCCAACCUCCGAUGAGGAGCGGGAGUAUGCGAAGGUCUGGGUGGGUCGCCCCGAGAUAUUUAUUUUUAAACUCACAGAGAAGUCGCAAGAUAAUAAGAAGAAAAAGAAAGAGAACAAGCUGGAGGAAACCCUCAUUGCCCCUCCUCCGUAUAUACCACCUCCAUUGCCUCCCGAGGUCCCGGGGGCAGCGAUAGGUCCUAACGCACCCCUAGAGGAAGAUUCAGACUCAGAUCAUUCAGGUUAUGCAGGACCAAUCACUCGAAGAUCUGCAAAGAACUGUGGUGAGUCCACUGCCAGUGGGGGAGGGCUCCUAGAAGUGUAUGUCAACCCUGCUGGGAAAACAGCUCUCCCUCUCCCCGUUCCGAGCCGGCUCAUGCCCCCAGCCCGCCCUCGGCCCCGAGCGGGGCUUCCCCGUCCCCGUCCCCGUCCCCGUCCCCGACCCCGUCCCCGGCCGUCCUGCCGCGGUCUCUCCUCCGCCCGGCUCUGGCUGUACUGGCAGUGGCGCUGCUGGGCGGGGAUCAGUGCCUGGUGCGGCAUCGCCUCCCUUUGGCUCCGCCUGUCCCGGCCCCGGCCCCGGCCCCGGCCCCGGCCCCGGCCCCGGCCCCGGCCCCGGCCCCGGCCCCGGCCCCGGCCCCGGCCCCGGCCCCGGCCCCGGCCCCGGCUGCUCCCGGAGCCCGCAGAGCGCACACAGGGCGCGGCCGCUCCCGCCGCCUCCGUUGGGGCUUCCCCGGCCCGAGCUCCGCCGCUCGGCAGCGCGGCCGCUGGCCCCGAGCCGCCGCUGUCGCGUUCCAAAGAGCGAACGCCAGGGGCUGCCCGGCCCGGGACGGCUGAGGGGCGCUCGGGGCCCGUGUCUGGCCCCGGGCCGAGCGCUGACAGCCACGUCUCGCCGGCAGGGAAGGUGGAGCACGGCAUUAAGGAGCGCUACCAGCUCGGUUCGCUGCUGGGGCGCGGCGGCUUCGGCAGCGUCUGGGCGGCGACGCGGCUCUCGGACGGCGCCCCGGUGGCCAUCAAAAGGGUGCCACGGAACCGAGUCCGACACUGGGGUGAGCUGCCCGACGGCACCAGCGCACCAAUGGAGAUCGUGCUCCUGGACAAGGUGUCCACUGGCUUCCCUGGUGUUGUCCAGCUGCUGGAGUGGCUUGAGCUCCCCAGCGAGAUCCUGAUGGUGCUGGAGCGCCCGGAGCGGUGUCAGGACCUCCGUCAUUUCAUUCGGGCACGGGGGUUCCUGUCCGAGGAGGUGGCGCGGCAGCUGUUCCGCCAGGUGCUGGAGGCCGUGCAGCACUGCACCAGCUGCGGAGUCCUGCACAGGGAUGUCAAACCGGAGAACAUCCUCGUUGACCUGGCCAGCGGGCAGGCAAAACUGAUUGAUUUUGGCUGUGGCACCUACCUGCAGGACACAGCCUACACUCACUUUGCAGGAACACGGUCCUACAGCCCCCCGGAAUGGACCCGCUUUGGCUGGUACUAUGGCAAGCCAGCUACCAUCUGGUCCCUGGGCAUCCUGCUGCACCAGAUGGUCUGUGGGAAGCACCCUUUCAGGAGGGGCCGGAACAUCAGCUGGAACCAUCAGCUCUCACUGCCACAACGGCUCUCUCAAGACUGCCAAGAUCUGAUCAAAAGGUGUUUAUCCAUGCUCGACAUAGAAAGGCCCUCAUUAGAAGACCUGCUUUGUGACCCUUGGAUGCAGCAAAUUCACGAAGUGUUCCAGGUGGGGUCCAGUGUGGAUCAGGAGGUGCUUGGGACCAGCUGCGGUGUGGACGGGCCGUGCGCUUGGAGAAGGCUGAGGACAUCGUUUGGGACCAGCUUUUCUGCCAGCAGCGAUGGCAUGAGGGCUCUGCUGCAGCUCAGCACCGGGCCCGAAUCAGCCAAAGGAGAAAUGGUGUGA